UUUUGAGUACAAAUCCAAAUUGUUUACAUUCGUGUUAACAAUCGUAUUGUCUGGUUUGUGAUCUCUGGAGCCGGAAUCGUGUUCUUCAACAAAUCAGAUAUUAUUUGUUGAAUAUUCAGUUUGUAACAAGAUCGGCUAUGUCCCACCACGGUCAGAAUCGUAGCUCUAACCGGCGAAACAAUUUCAACAAAGGUGGAAACCGUACCGGAGGCGGUGGUGGUGGUAAACGCGGUGGAAAGGACUCGGAGUUGCCGGUUGACGAAAACAAUCCAGUGGUGCAGUGCUUCCGAGAGUACGCUAGUGAACUGGAUGAGAAGCAUGACCGGUACGAGCGGAUCGUGAAAUGCAGCCGGGACAUCACGAUUGAGAGCAAGCGGAUCAUUUUCCUGCUGCACACAGUGGAUGCCAAAAAAUGCAACCUCAGACAGGUAUGUGAUGAGGCUAAGACGCGUCUGCAGAAUCUCUGUAGCAACCAGUUCGCUGCCAUAGCGAAAGAACUCCAGGGCUUGGAUCCGUACCAGUUUGCCCGUGCCUACACGGCAGGACUACAGGAGUUCAUCGAAGCGUACACCUUCCACGAGUACGUCAGCUCCCAAAACAUUUCCCACUGGAAGACAAUUCAGGACCAACUGCGGUACAAGGCAUCCACAUCUGGGAAGGUACCUACCGGUACGGAAGCAGCUGCUGAUGACAGUUUAGAUGAGGGAUCGGAUGCUGAGGAAAUGAUCGAGAUAAGCUGCCAUUUGUCACCGAUGGAUUUCGUACUGGGAGUGGGUGAUCUCACGGGAGAAUUAAUGCGCAAAUGCAUCAACUCACUUGGAUCUGGAGAUGUGGAGAGUUGUUUUGAGCACUGCCAAUUCCUGAAAAAACUGUACAACGGAUUCAUAUCGGUGGGUAACGCCAGAAAUCGUGACUUUUCCCACAAAUUGCACACAUUGAGACAGAGUCUGCUCAAAAGCGAGAAUGUUUGCUACAACGUGAAGGUUCGUGGUGGAGAAGCCGCUAAGUGGGGCAAUACCGAUGACACUGGAUUUGCAAACAUUCCGAAAGACCUGGACGACGAUGAGGGCGUUUUCUUUUAGACUGAUAAGUUGCUCUUGAUUCAUCCUGCCCUCCGGUACAGGAAGUGAGAAUUAUAAUUACAUCAGUUUUUUUUCAAGAUGGAAUAAACAAUAUGGAAUUCACAAAAAGAAAAUUGCA